AUGUGCCAUAUAUGUGGAAUUCAUGAAAAAGAACAGCAUGAUGGACAAGAACCCAUGCUAUGCAUUGACCCCAAAAAUGGACUGCAUGUGAACACAAAACAUUCCCAUGGUAUUAGACUUCCUAUACAUGUACAGAAGUGUAUACCAGAACGACUGUAUGAUUGUGAAGUGGAUGAAUGUAGGGACUUUAUGAGCAUAGCUGCCCAAAGUGGAAACCCUGGUAAAGAAUGCUACCACCUUGAGAGGACCAGAAAAGCUCAUGCUUAUAUUCCACCAGCAGCACUGAAAAACGAGUCUGUGAUAGAGAUGGUGGGAAAAGGACUCAUUUCAACAUGUAGGCAGCAACAAUGUAUGACAGUCUACCAGCGUGCUAACUCAGAGGAAGUUGACUGUGUGUUUCCAAUUUUCUGGGGGGAACACAGUCUCUCUGAUAGAUACAUCUUCUUCUCAGUGUACACUGGUGAGAAGGACAGCUGGUGCAAGUUUGGGAGGACACUGUCAACAUUUGAUACUAAAACAGGUAAAUGGCACUGCCAGUGUAUAGGCUCAAAAAACAGAAUCAGCUGUAUACAUAGAUACUUGUCUAUGUGGUGGCUGUUCCAAGAGCAUCCUCACUUGGCCAAAAAUGCAGUAGAUACCUCAAAUGAGGACAUUGAAGACAUUGAGGAAAUGGUCAGCGGAAAUCUGGGUAUGCCUUAUCAGCCUGAAUACACACAUAGUAGUGUGAUCACUAUGACCAACUACUUGUGGAAUUUCAAGAGAAUCCCAGAGGAUCUACCACGGGAUUUAACAAAGACAGAAAAGCCUGUUCCAGAGAACUUUGAGCCUACAGAGACAAAUUGUCCUUACUGUCCAGGGCCGUGUCCUCCUGAACUGAACAAUGCUUUUGUCUUAACAACACAAUCUAUGGAAAGGAGUGCCCAGUUUGCAGAAACAUAG